AUGAGAAUCCUCACAUUGUUCAUGUUAAUGUGUGUCACUCACCUCCUUUUUUUCAUUGCAUUUCAUUUCUUUGAUGGUGAUGUUGAGCACACUUUGAAAAAAAAAACCUCAUUCUCUGUUGACAUUAAGCUGGCUAAUAGAAAGACAUUGGCAGCUCCAUUAUUUCACCACUACAAAUUGGCUCAGCAAUGGCCACCAACUAUUUGCAGGAUUAAUCCAACAUGGAGAUGCAUAUCUCAAAUUCCAAAUUUCUUCACUGUUCAUGGCCUAUGGCCAUCGAACCAGUAUUGGCCACACCCAUCACGAUGCAGUUCUUCUGAGAUAUUUGUUCUCAGCGACAUUCAAAAUAUAGGGCUGAAUCUUAACCUUGCUUGGCCAAAUUUAUUUGGCAAUGAUGGUCGAUUCUGGGAGGACGAGUGGGACAAACAUGGAGUGUGUUCAACAUUCAUACCAAUGGACUAUUUUCAACACACCAUGACUCUAUGGUUUAAAUACAAUAUCACCAACAUGCUUGUAGAGGAUGGUGUCACACCAGGGGCUUGGUAUACUCGGCAGCAAAUCAUGAGGGCUAUAGAGAAAAAGACUCAAGCUUCACCCGAUAUUGUUUGUAGGGGUCAACAUUUACAAGAGAUACACGUCUGCCUGGAUCCUACAACAGCAACAACAUUUGUGGCUUGUCCAAGAUCAACAAAUUGUCGUACCAUGAUUAAGUUUUAGGCACAGUAACUAUAAUAUAUAAUAUAUGCUUUAUAGUUUAUAUAUGACUUCGGUUGUAACUAGUUGUCCUGCCUGGAUAUACUUAUAGGCACAGUAACUAUAGUAAUAUAUGCCAUAUAGUUUUUAUAUGACUUCUGUAAAGACAAUUUCCAAUUUCUUUUGAUUAUAUAUAUGCUUAUAAUAUUUGUAGAA